AUGGGCUCUUCCUUCAAACUCGCCUCCGACGAGAAAAUCGAUUCCACCAACGGCAGUAACGGGGUCUGCAUCGAGCACGUCGGUGGUCAUUUAGAUGACCAUGAGCUCGAGUCCAAGUCCAAGUCCGACAUGGACUUGGGCUUGUCUUUCGGCUUGUCUGAGAAGGACCAGAGACGUAUCAGGCGCCGCGUCGACUGGCGUCUCGUCCCAAUUGUGGGCUUGAUGUACUGCGUGUCUCUUAUUGACAGAACCAAUGUCGCGGCUGCUAGUAUCGCUGGCAUGAUAGAAGACUUACAUUUGAUUGGAAACAGAUAUUCCAUUAUCACUCUUGUUUUUUUUACUACGUAUAUCGUAUUCCAACCACCUUCGACUAUCAUUGUUCGUGCGCUCGGACCGCGAAUUCAUCUGGCUGGUAUCACUAUGCUUUGGGGCACGGUGAUGAUUGGCAUGGGCUUCACCCAAAAAUGGGAUCAGCUGGCCGCACUUCGAGUUAUCCUUGGUCUACUUGAAGCUGGCUUUUUCCCGAGCUGCAUCUAUCUCUUGAGUACUUGGUUUACCCGCUACGAGAUGGGGAAGCGGUAUGCUCUAUUUUAUGCCUUCGGAGCAGUUGCCGGAGCUUUGGCUGGUAUUAUGGCUUAUGGGAUUGUUCAUAUGCACGGGAUCGCCGGGAUGGGAGGCUGGCGCUGGCUUUUCAUCAUCGAAGGCAUCAUCACUUGCGUUAUCGCUGCCCUGGGAUACUGGCUCCUCGUUGGCUUCCCAGAUGAUAACAAAAAAGAUAGCAAGUUUCUUACUGAUAAUGAGCGGGCCUGGAUCGUUGCACGUGUCAAUGCUGAUCGUGGCGAUGCUAUAACUACCAAGUUUUCCUUGAAGAAAUUCUCCAGACAUGCCCUUGACUUCAAGGUAUGGGCGUUUGGGCUUCUCUUCUUCUGUUCCUCGACACAGGGUUAUGCCUUGUCCUUUUUUACUCCAAUCAUAUUAACUAUCGGCAUGGGUUUCGAUAAAACUGCAACGCAACUCAUCAGCGUCACUCCCACAUUGUUCGCCGCUGUUGUCAUGUUCAUUGUUGGCUGGAUUGGCGACAGAUGGAGAGUCCGCGGUCCGCUUAUCAUUGGCAACAUGGUGAUGGCUAUUGUUGGCGUGACACUUGUUGGUUUCCACCCGGUUACUGGUGUUCGUUUUUUCGGAUUAUACCUCGCUUCUGCGGGCAUCAACGCCAACCUUCCCGUUAUCAUGGCCUAUCAGGCAAAUAAUAUCCGCGGUCAGUGGAAGCGUGCCUCUGCGAGUGCAGUCAUGGUAGGCUUGGGAGGCUUCGGAGGCAUUUCAGGCAGCCUUGUCUUUAGAAUACAGGAUGGUCCACAAUUUCGACCUGGCUUGUGGGCUUGUAUCGCUUGCUCCCUUGCAAGUAUUUGUCUGGUACUCUUAUUAAGUCUUCAUUUUUUUAUCAAGAACCGUCAGGCAGACCGAGACAAUAUAAUCUUGGAGGAUGACGAGGACUCUGAGGUAAUUAAGGAAUCGAGGGCAUCUUUCCGCUACACCUACUAG